CUUGGAGUGAAUUCAUUAUUUGUAGUUUGAAAAUGAAAUAAUCCCUUUCCAAGGGCAUAAGGUUUCUGUCACAACUACAUUUACUAGAAAAAAAAAAAAAACAACCACUGUACUUUUUAUGAGAAACGUGACUUAAAAAAAGUGAAAUUAUUUAAUUUUGAACAAAAAAAAUCACUGUGUACUCAUUGAAUCCAUAUUAAACAAAAUACUUCUCUGGUUGUGCAGAAGGCGGCCACUGUUACGCCUACCGUUAAUUAGUAUACUUUUGUCAUGGUCUCUAAACGAGGCUACUGACUGUGACGUCUCGGCGUUUGGUAGUUGUAGUAGCCUUUCUGACACUUCUUUCACUGGAGGGUUUCAUGAGCGUGUGUGACAGGGGAAAUAAAUUCGUGUUGCACGUAAAUUAUACAGUACAGUACUGUAAUAUGUUUGUAACCGAGAGGAUGGGGAUGACUAUGUGGCCACAAAAGCAAAAGAGAAAGGAAAACGCAAUAAAGUCACGUUUGUAGUCAAUUAGAAAAGUAUUAUGUAUUUUUCGUACAAAACAAUGCGCAACAAUUACAUUAUAUACACGGGGUAAAAAUUGCAAGUGUAUUUGCUAUACGUUUUUGGGUAAAUAAGCACCGGCACCAGUAAACUAUAGGUGCCCUUUUUGUAUUGUAUUUAAAUGCAGUUUUAAGGUAAAGCAUUUUGUUCUGGCAGACCAAGAGCCAUGUUUAAUAGGGGCCCUCCAAACUGGUUUUGGCCACUCUUUGGAACCAAGCAGAGUGAAUCGGGGUUCCCGCUUGGAUCAGCCUGCUUGCUUGCAGUUGCUUUGUUUGUGUGGUUUAUUGACGCAGACCUCUGUCUUAAUCCAGAGCUGGUUUUACCCCCGCAUAUGCAAGUCUGGCUCCUGCUGACCUACUCGUUCUGCCACAAAGGAGCACCCUCCUUGCUCUGCAGCGCAGCCCUGCUGAUAGUGCUGGGACAGUGUCAGGAACGUCGCUGGGGCACAGUCCGCUUUCUGACUCUCUCGCUCCUCUCCGCCACAGCCCCAGCCCUGAUCUAUGCUCUCCUGGUGUAUCUGGGGGUGGGAAGCCCUGGCCCAGUCUGUGGGUACUCUGUGGCACACUUUGCCAUGCUGUCAGCUCAUUGCCGCCACGCCAGACAGAAGAAGAUCCUGCACCGGGUACCUGUGCCAGCCUUGCCAUGGUUAGUGCUGGGCCUGACAUCACUGCUGCUGCCUGACUCCCCUGCUCUCCUGCACCUGUGUGGGGUCUGUGUUGGAACUAGCUACAGCUCUUCAUUUCUAGGCUGGCUGGAGAAGGGGGAGGGGCUGGCAGUCUUUAGGCCCCUCCCACACAAUUUCUUCAUCCCAUCAGGGACGAGAGACCAGCUGCCUUUGACCAGCACUGACAGAAGACCCCAGUUGACUCCAGAACCUUCCUCGGCCUCGCCUCCCCCAGCGCCCGCCCCCUUUAACAGACCCCACUGGCCAAUCUACCACACACCUCCAGCCCCCUGGCAAUCGGCGGCCUUUGAGUGGACGGCAGAGGGGGCACUGGCUGCCUCCGAGAGUCUCCUAUUGGAGGAGGAGCUCCUGAGGGCGGGGAUACUUGCGUCUCUUCAGGAGAGCCCAGAGGAGAGCCCUGACAAACUGGAGGUCCCCAAGUCUUCAGUGUCCUCCUUGCGCCUUCAGCAACUGGAGCGAAUGGGGUUCCCCACAGAGAAAGCAGUGGUGGCGCUGGCAGCCUCCGGGAAGCUAGAGGGCGCUAUUUCCAUUCUGAUCGACAAUCGGGUUGGAGAGGAAGCUGUUGUGACAACCAGAGGAAAGGCUGUUCCAUCCCAGAGGCCUGCUUGAGCUGCCACACUGCUGAACUACAGGACUGGGAAGGAUGUGAAAAACUGUAGUUUGAUAUACAAAAAAUGUCUGGACAAAAUUAGUCACUUGGAAAUCCAGGAACUGGACUGCCUCACUAUUUUACUGUAAUAUACUUUUUUCUGCUGGAAAAGUUCAAAUAUCUGGCACUUUUUUGGUUUAUUAACUUUGAUUUAUCAUUAAAUGUUAAUUUGUUAAUGUUAAUCUAUAGUAACCAAUUAAUAAACCAUUGUUGUUUUUAAAAAUAUUAUUAAACAACUUUGUUAA